AUGUCUGCUGGGGUGAUGGACUUGGGCGUACGACAGUUAAACAAUAACAACAGCAGCAACAGCAACAAUAACAAGCGAAUCUAUAGCAAAGGCGGUUGUCGAGAGUGUAAGAGGCGUAAAAUCAAAUGUGAUGAAGGAAAACCUGCUUGUUGGCAAUGCCUUCGAUUGAAAAAGGAAUGUUCUUAUCCAGCUUUGGGAGAGAAGGUGCUAAGAGUGCUGAAAAAACAGCAGAAAUUACAAUCAGGGAAAUCAUUGCUGCCGCAAGAAGACCGUAAGGUAUUCGAGAUACUGAAAGUGCCAUAUAUUGCAACUAAUCCAUUGUCAGUAAUGUCAAAUCAAGAUCCUAUGGCAGGGAGAAAACUUUUGUAUAAUAUGGAUGCUUCGAGACCAACACCCACUACACAUGAACCCAAUCAACAAGGAUUCAACGAGGGUCAUAGUAACCCACAUCUUGCUCCCCCAUUUCAAUCACACCUGGCCCCUCGCGAGGGUUACUCUCAAGAACAAUUGCCGGUUAAUUUCAAUAAUCCUGCACCACAAUCACAACUUCCACCAAUACAGAGACCGCUUAAUCAGCCAAAUUUGCCCAGGUUGUACCAAAGUCGCAUUUUGCCUAUUCAACAAAAUGGAUCCAAUUCAACUCCAUUCAAAUAUUACUACCGCCAAGAUCCACUUUCGGUUGUGCUACCUCCCCCGCAGGUGUCAAACAGACCAGGCUCAACUUUGAGUGGUCCAAUGUUUCCUAGUCAGAUAAGGUAUGAUUUACCACCGCGUCCGAUUGACAGAGCUGCAAGUAGUACUGGUGUUUCAAACUUGUUGAAUAAAUCACCUGAAUCAGAAGCUUCAAACACGCAACUGGUCCAACAACAGGAACAAUUGCCUCAAAUGCAGAAAGAGCAGACACCUGCUGUACUUCAGACUACUGUUGAUCCACAGCUUUCUUCACCGCCCAUUCCCAAAAACGACAAUGUAUCCUAUGCGAACUCACCUGCUGUAUUUGGAGACGAUGUGGUUGAACUAUUUGAAGUUAGCGACUUGAACUUGUUAGCUACAGAUCUCCAAAAUAUGGUCAAUGGAAUACUUUACAAUAUCACUCCAGAGUCAAAAGAAAAGGCCAAGGAAAAGGAAACCACUGAAGUCAAGACCAGUAUGCCAUUUGUCGACAAAUUGGAGAAAAAUGUUCCAGUUGAUUUUAUAAAAUUGGAGAAUGCUCAGAAUCAGAGUUAUUUAGAAGAGUUCUAUUACAAUACUUCAAACAUUGUGUUGCCAUUUGCAUCCUUCGACAAAGAAAAGAAUGUUUACUUUAACUCUGCGAGAGAUUUAUUGUUGAGCACAGCGGCAAACACUGAUUAUGUUUUGGCUGCUGUAUUGGCAAAUGGAGCUCAUUCUAGAUUUAUGAAGACAAGAAAUAUUGAAGAUGAGGAAUUUUAUUACUUGUAUUUGAAUGACUGUGUCAAGUUGUUGCAUCCAGCAAUCUCUGACAAUACCAAAUUGUCUGCAAAGAUUGAAAGUGUCUUGUUGACGGUACUUUUAUUGACUGCUGCAAAUGCGGCCGAUCCGAAACAAGAUUGGCGCCCUCAUUUGCGAGGAGCAAAAGACUUGUUGAUGAAAUGCUCAAGCAAGAAGACAAAGCAAUCCAAAGUGUUUGUGUUUUGUAAGGCAUGGUUUGUUACGUUGGAGGUGUUGGCUGGGAUCAGUUCAAAGAAAGGGGGGACAUUGCAAACCGACGAAGAAAUGGAUGAAUUGUUCAACUUGAGUAGCGAUUAUGAGAUUAAAGUAUUGAAGGAUCUUGGGAUCAUCUUGAAUCAUGGGUUUAAUAUCAUGGGUGGGUAUCAUCACGAUUGUUAUGGUGCAUUCCGUGAGUUAAUCAAAAUUUUGAAUAAAAAGAGGAAUGGUACAUUGAAUACAAAGGAUUCUCUACAAUAUGUGGAGCUAUUUGCUAAAUUUGAAACAUUACGAGAAAUUGACUUUGUCAAAGACCCUACAGCUCCAGGAAGUAUACUUGUUGAAGAUGUUGGAAGAAGCGUCAUUUCCUGGGCUGAUGUAAGCCAUAAGCUGUACAUGGCCGCUUCAAUGAUUACCCUUCUUCAGACAUGUUUUGAUGAGUCUUACACAUCGCCACAGAUUCAAGUUUUAACAAACCAUAUUAUUGAUUUGGUUGCGUUUGUCAACAACUAUAUUCCAUUUGCACCAUCCUCCAGAUACAAGGCUGAAAAUGGACUUAUGAUGCUCCAAUGGCCUGUUUUAAUUGCUGGUCAAAAUUUGGAACCAAACGAUGACAAGGAGAAGGAAAUUGUUCGGGUAUUUUUCGAACAUCUGUCGAGAGUUGGAUCAGGGGGAGCGUUGAUUGCGUUAAAGCGCGUAAAGAGAGUUUGGAAGAAAAGAUCUGACCCUUCCUUUGUUGACGAUGGGAAUGAGUCAGAGGAUUUACUUUCGUAUUGA